AUGUCAUAUAGUAUAUAUGGACAAAACGUGAUGGUAUUACAAUUGGUGAUGGGAAAAAGAUGCGAAGUUAUCUCGCAAAUAAAUUUCCAACUUGGUGAUAAGCUUAGAAUGGCGACUGAGAUAACUAGAGGUUUAAUGUGUUUACACGCGGAACAAAUCAUUCACAGAGAUCUGGAGCUACAGAUUUUGGGCUACCAGCGUUCAUUGAACCAAAAUGUUUUAUCAUCAGACAUAUAUGGACUUGAUAAUCUAUUUUGGGAGGCUUCUAUAAUAAUUUUCGGAAUUUCCUUCCUAAUACUUGAAAAUAAAAGAAAAAGUCCAGUCGAAAGAACGCCGGCGACAUAUGUUAAACUGUAUCAACGAUGUUUGGAUAAUGAAGCUGGCAAAAGACCGAACAUUGAAGAGGCUUCUUAA